AUGCCCACUCCAGUCCCCGCGCCGAAGAAGGUGAUGGCCCACCGCGCCGUCCGGCCGCGGCUUAAUACCAGCGACGCGGCCAGUCCUAUCAUCGCGCCAGCGCCCGAAUUAAGGACGACCCGCUCCAGUAAUGUAUCCCAGCGCGCGCUCAUGAUGAGCUCGCUCGGGAGCGAUUUCUUCGCGGGCGGCGCCUUUUUGGCGGCUUCGUCCGCCAUGGUUUCGACCUAUGCGUUGCGUCGCCGACGAGCUGUCGCGAGGUGUUGCGAAGACCGCGCGCUACGUCGACGGCGUCGGAAGUGUCGCUAUGUGAUGCGAGGACCGCGCGCGCCCGGAUCCUGGGUCUGGGUCCAAGGGCCACCACUCGUCAGCGAGCUGGGUUUAGAGGCCACCACUUGUCAGCGACGGGCUGCAGUGUGGAUGAAGGUGUUCAAACGAGCAGCGAUCGGCCCGUAGCACGUCCACGCCCGUCGUACAAAGUCUGGCAAGCCGGAGAGCUAGCGGCAGUGAGACACUAG